AUGACCAGUCGAUUCUCAAUGAAUAUUCUGCAUGAUCAUGAUCUGGGUUCUGGUGCGGUCCGAACUUCCGAGUAUACUUACAAUCUCGGCAGCUCUUCCAAGCCCAGUCAACUUGUAGCCGAACCUUCAAUCAUAUCAAUUAGCUCGCCUUCCGCUCCCUCUGUAAUUCCAAGUAAUGGCCUUAAUGGCAUUAUUCGGAGUAGCCCAUCCUCACGAUCUCGCUCUUUUUGUGCUUCGGGCUGGUCAGCCCGGCGUCACUUAUGGCCCGACGAUCCGGCGCAACCGCCCUGUCUUGUUCGUCUUGCAACUAGCCUCUUCUGUCCGAUGACCGCUCCUUUAAUGACAGGUGCCAAUGUCUCUGAAUGGUUCCGCGUUGCUAGGCGGUCUCUGGUGCAUGUUUCAACUGUCUUAUUAAUUGCCCUUGGUCGGCUGUUCCAGAGACUGAUAAGUGGUCUGUCCUGCAUAGCCGACUGCAUCCUUAAUUUAUUGGGAGCAUUUAAAGGGCUGAUAAAAAGAUUCGCCUUCACCAUAUCUGGCCAAGCUACCACUUAUACUCCUGUCAACAUCGUUGCUGGCACUACAUUGAAAUUAUCCAGACGGCAGCCUCUCCUAAGUUGGGCUGAACUGGUGAUGCUCAGCAAAAUCAUUGCUCUCCUAAUCGGGAUGGAAUGGCUGCAUAGAUCGCAAGACUGGUUUCGUUGGAUUUUUUUUUCUGGGUAA